AUGGCGCAGGACAAUGCCGCUUUCUCCCCGGUGUCGGAGGAGCCGCCCCGGCGCCGCGGCCGCCAGCGCUACGUGGAGAAGGACGGGCGCUGCAACGUGCAGCAGGGCAACGUGCGCGAGACCUACCGCUACCUGACCGACCUGUUCACCACGCUGGUGGACCUGCAGUGGCGCCUCAGCCUGCUCUUCUUCGUGCUCGCCUACGCGCUCACUUGGCUCUUCUUCGGCGCCAUCUGGUGGCUCAUCGCCUACGGCCGCGGCGACCUGGAGCACCUGGAGGACACGGCGUGGACCCCGUGCGUCAACAACCUCAACGGCUUCGUGGCCGCCUUCCUCUUCUCCAUCGAGACCGAGACCACCAUCGGCUACGGGCACCGCGUCAUUACUGACCAGUGCCCCGAGGGCAUCGUGCUGCUGCUGCUGCAGGCCAUCCUGGGCUCCAUGGUGAACGCCUUCAUGGUGGGUUGCAUGUUCGUCAAGAUCUCGCAGCCCAACAAGCGGGCCGCCACGCUGGUCUUCUCGUCGCACGCCGUGGUGUCGCUGCGCGACGGGCGCCUCUGCCUCAUGUUCCGCGUGGGCGACCUGCGGUCCUCGCACAUCGUCGAGGCCUCCAUCCGCGCCAAGCUCAUCCGCUCGCGCCAGACGCUCGAGGGCGAGUUCAUCCCCUUGCACCAGACUGACCUCAGCGUGGGCUUCGACACGGGGGACGACCGCCUCUUCCUCGUCUCGCCUCUUGUCAUCAGCCACGAGAUCGAUGCCGCCAGCCCCUUCUGGGAGGCGUCUCGCCGCGCCCUCGAGAGGGACGACUUCGAGAUCGUAGUCAUUCUAGAGGGCAUGGUGGAGGCCACGGGAAUGACAUGCCAAGCUCGCAGCUCCUACCUGGUAGAUGAAGUGCUGUGGGGCCACCGGUUCACAUCUGUGCUCACCCUGGAGGACGGCUUCUAUGAGGUGGACUAUGCCAGCUUCCACGAGACCUUUGAGGUGCCCACACCCUCGUGCAGUGCCCGGGAGUUGGCGGAAGCUGCCGCCCGCCUCGAUGCCCAUCUCUACUGGUCCAUCCCUAGCAGGCUGGAUGAGAAGGUGGAGGAAGAGGGGGCUGGGGAGGGAGCAGGUGGGGGAGAUGGAGCUGACAAGGAGCAGAAUGGCUGCCUGCCACCCCCAGAGAGUGAGUCCAAGGUGUGACUGGUUUUCUCCAAACCCCUGUGGCAGACCAGGGGGCUAGACGCAGGUACGAGGAAGCUGCAGGAUGGGGAUGGAAGAA